AUGGUGCAGGUGUCCAAGGCGCUCGCGGGCACGAGAGCGGCGCUGUCGCCGCGGGCGCUGCUCAAACUGCAGGCGCAAGUGCAGGCCAUGGUGCGCUGCCUCAACUGCCCCGGAGGACCCUGGGACGUCGGCGUGAUGCUGACGACGGAUGACCACGUCCAGAAGCUCAACCGCAAGUUCCGCAAGAAGGACAAGCCCACGGACACCCUGUCCUUCCCGUUCCACAAGGUGCGCGCUCCAGGGCGAUUCCCGCGGGUCAAGACCAAGGAGGAGCGCUAUCUCGGGGACAUCUACAUCAGUCCAGCGUACGUGCGACGUCAGUGCGAAGACCCGGAACUCGAAGAAGUCACGACGCUGGAGGAGCGACUGCCGGUGCUCAUGGCGCACGGACUGUGCCACUUGAUGGGGUGA